AUGGCGGAGAAAACGGACAAUUUGGACGAAUUGUUCAAAGAUCGAUACACAGAGGUACGUUUAGUUGAAUUCUGCGAAAAAAAUGAGUGAAAACGUUCAGAACGAUGAAAGAUACAAGAAAAUGUCGGAGGAGGGAUUCGAAAAAGUGAUUGUCGUGCAUCCGUGGAAUCCCAGAAGAGACAACAACUAUCGGUGAGUUUUUCGAGUUGCUGAUAGAGAAAAAUAGCAUGAAAAUCUGAAAUAAACGGCCGACAACUAUCAUUUUCAGCUAAAACUUGCUCUUUCCGAUUUUUCUAAUGCUUUUGAGCAAAAAACUUUGGAAUUUUUUUUGCAGUGGUCGCGGAGGCGGUGGCGGACGUGGCGGAUACCGUGGAGGCGGCGGAUGGAAUAAUCCACGUGGCGGAUCGAGAGGCGGAUGGAACAAUCACGGAGGAGGCGACAGACAGCCGUGGCGAGGAGGCGGCGGCGGUACGCAAAUUGCACACUUUUCGAACAUUUUUGCUUUCUAACGUUUUAUUGUCCCGUAAAAAGCUUCUUAGAGCAUUUCUGCUGUUAAAAAUGUUUCAAAAACCCUUUUUUUCAGAUCGAAAACGGCAAUACAACUGA